ACGCUUCGAUGUCAAUAGCUUUACCUAUUAGAAGCUCUACUCAUUAAGUAACGUGGUUCACAAAUCUUCGCACCUUUCCGCCAAAUUCGGACGAUGAGGAGUUCCGAACAUUAACCAAGUUUAUUACAGUUCCUGGCUGCUGUACACAUGUGAUCCUGUUUAUUGACAUGGGUGUCAAAUGAGAUCAAUCAAAGUAGUUUUCUGAACUCAAUUAACUUGUAAACAUGACAUCAUGAUAACAUGACCUUGAAAACCAUGGUCAUCCAAAACCAACUAAAUGGCAUCAAAUGCUUGUACUAGCAAUAUGCUGAAGUGUGUGAAAAGGAAUUUGUUUUCCUAUUUCAUACAGUGCUGUGGUCAUUCAAGAGCUCAACACAGCAGUGUUAAAAGUGGCCGUAAACAGCUGAUUAUUCUCGGAACUGGCUGGAGUAGUUACAGCGUGUUGAAAACGAUUGACAAAACUAUCUAUGAUGUCAUCGUUGUGAGUCCUCGAAACCACUUCCUGUUCACACCGUUACUCUGCAGUACCACAGUCGGAACUCUUGAAUUCAGAUCUAUCAUCGAGCCAGUGAGAAACUCUGGGUUCCGGCAGUCUGCCCACUUUCAUCUGUCUCGAGCUGUUGGCCUGGACACGGAAGAGAAGACGUUGGUGUGUGAGAGCGUUCUCAAACAAAGUCUGCGGUACACACUGAGCUACGACAAGCUGGUGAUCGGAGUCGGUUCUCUCAGCAAUACAUUCGGGGUUCCUGGAGUCUCGGAACAUGCUUUCUUUUUGAAGGAAGUGGCUGAUGCCAGAAGAAUUCGGAAUCGUCUUCUACACAAUAUUGAAUUGGCUGUUCAGCCUCGAAUUGAAGAAUCGGAGGCAAAUCGGCUCUUACAUAUUGUUAUUGUUGGUGGGGGUCCGACUGGUAUAGAAUUUGGAGCUGAAGUGUACGAUUUUGUGGAACAGGAUGUGGCCCGACUGUACAAGCAACAGAAACAUAAAGUUUUUGUGACGCUGAUCGAGUCGAACCAGAUUUUGUCAUCGUUUGAUGAUCGACUCCGCAGCUUUGCCACCAAGAAAAUCAAGGAGAGAGCUCGGUUCGAUCUCGUACAGUCCUCUGUUGUCGAAGUGACUGAAAUGUCUGUGAAGCUGAAAGAUGGAAAAGUUCUGCCAUGCGGCCUUGUAGUAUGGAGCACCGGUCUGCAGCCAAGAGAUUUCACACGGUCGCUACACGUCGCCACAAAUAACCGAGGCCAGAUAGAAACGGACAGCUAUCUCCGAGUGAAGACAUCAGGAGACACGACAGAUGUCAUUCCUGAUGUGUUUGCUAUCGGUGACUGCGCAGACAUAGAGAAUCAACCACUGCCUACCACUGCACAGGUUGCGGAGCGGGAAGGCCGGUACGUUGCCAAAUUUCUGAACAGUAACUGUUCCUCCGACACAAAACCCUUCAAGUUUGUUAGCUCUGGAAUGAUGACGUACAUCGGGGGAUACCAGGCGCUGGCAGACACUCCAGAGAUUAAACUACAAGGUUUUCCUUCCUGGGUGUUGUGGCGAUCGGCUUACCUCACCCGUCUUGGCAGUUGGCGGUUACGAAUGCAAGUUCCAAUGGACUGGAUGAAAACUCUCGUCUUCGGACGUGACAUUUCCAGAUUUGAAUGAACUGCCUGUAGUUCAGUAGUUACCGAUUUGACAGAUUUGAAUGAACUGCCUGUAGUUCAGUAGUUACCAAUUUGACAGAUUUGAAUGAACUGCCUGUAGUUCAGUAGUUACCGAUUUCACAGACCGUGCAGUUGGUUAUAGUUUUACAGAUAUUGCCAGACUUUGCAGAUGGCUGGAUCAGUUUAGAUUGGUUUAAAUGUAAUUGCAUAUUAAAUGAAAUAGAAAUGUAUAUAUUGAUAUAAAUCUAUCCUCUGCAUCGAUUCACAUAUCAUUUGACAGUCUGAUAUCUUGUACCAAGUUGUACGGUGCCAGUAGUUACCUAGGAGCAAGUCUUGAAGAUAAUUAGUAAACAUUUGUCUCACUUUUUUUUUUUUUUUUAAAUAUAUAAAAUGUCUUUUCACUGUUAUUGAUACACAACUACCUCUGAUGAUUGUCAUUUACCUGUGUAUUAUUUAUAUUACCAACAAUGAAUUUAUUUGUAUUGCUGUAUUUUCUCAUAAAAUAUUUGUAAAGCUGUUGUUUAUUCCAACAGAAUUCUAUGUAUUUUUUUUGUAAAUAUGAAUGUGAAUUACAUAUCAUGGUUGUCUGUCUGUAGUAGAUUAUUUAUUGAAUAAAAUGUCUGUCAAACUA